AUGCCCCAACGUCCAUCACUACUGAUGCCUCCAAGACUGGCACUGGAGCUGUUCUUAGAAGGCAAGAAGUUCGACAUCUUCACCAACCACAAGCCACUCUUUACUAUCUUCAACACUAGCAGGUCUACCUACAGUCCUCGUCAACUUUGUCAUAUUGACUACAUUUCGCAGUUCAUUACAGAUAUCCAGUACAUCAGAGGCCAAGAUAAUACUGCGACUGAUGCCCUGUCUCGCAACGGCUCUGCUAUCGAUUCUUCCCUCAUCGAUUAUGCAGCAAAUGCAGCAGGCCGAGCUAAUAAUGCUGAGCUACAGCAACUGAAAGAUAAUCCUGCAUUUCAAUUGAAGAAAAUAAAAGUUCCUGAAACAGAUCAUCUUCUAACCUCGAGAUUCAUCUGGACUGGUAUCAACAAAGAUGAAAGAAACUGGACACAUUCUUGCAUUAAGUGUCGAACUUUCAAGCUAACUUGCCAUACAGUUUCUCCUUCUGUGCCGUUCAAACCGGUUGCCUCUAGAUUCGACCAUGUUCAUGUUGAUUUUGUUGGUCCCCUGCCCUACUCCAGUGGAUUCAGGUACAUCCUCAUCUGUGUCGACAGAUUUAGUAGAUUGCCAGAGUCAAUUCCUCUUGCUGAUAUUCAUGCUGAUACUGUAGCAUGA